GUUUGUGACAAUCUGGGUUAAGUUGAAAUGAGGCCUAUUUUCUGUGGAAACUUUGAGUAUGAUGCUCGGCAGUCUGAUCUUGAGAGACUUUUCAGGAGAUAUGGAAAAGUCGAUCGUGUUGAUAUGAAGGCUGGGUUUACAAUGCAAUGUCCAUGCAAUUCAUGGCUGAUGGAUGGUUCUUCUGCAUUUCAUUUCCUGGCUGUGACAAGUGUCCUCUUCUUUUUCCUAGAAGAGCCUCAAUCAUCCAUGGCAUCACCAUCUCACAUUUUCCCAAGUCAUUAUUGCCUUCAUUUGUCAUGACCUUUGCCCAGCUUUCAUUUUUCCACGUUACACUUGUAGACCUCGAAGCUGAGGCAGCAGAAUUAAUGGAGAAGGCACUCUCUUUUCAUUGUUAUGUCAUGAGACAUCCACCUUUUGAUAGUUGUUUCUUGACAUCGCUUAGUUCACUGGCCAAGGUCUGUCACUGAUUCUACUGGUCAGUAGUUUCUAGAUAGUGAAGGUGGUCUUUUUGUUAUCAGGUGACAGGGUAUAUUUCUUAGUUGCAGACUGAAAAUUGUUUCAAAUGCAGCGAUCAUUUUGCUGAAGGAGUCUUCGCAUAGAUGAUUUUUAUCAACAUAAUAGCUAAUUAUUUAUUAAGAGAGAGAUGUUUUAUGGGUUUCAGGUUUUGCUUUUGUUUACAUGGAGGAUGAAAGAGAUGCAGAGGAUGCAAUCAGAGCACUUGACCGAAUUGAAUUUGGCAGAAAGGGACGUAGACUGCGUGUUGAGUGGACAAAGCAAGAACGUAGUAGCAGGAGGCCAGAGAAUUCUAGAAAGCCUCAAUCUAACUCGAGACCCUCGAAGACAUUAUUUGUAAUAAAUUUUGAUCCAUACAAUACAAGGACUAGAGAUUUAGAGAAACAUUUUGAUCCAUAUGGGAAAAUACUGAAUGUAAGGAUCCGCAAGAAUUUUGCCUUUAUUCAGUAUGAAACCCAGGAGGCAGCAACCAAAGCUUUGGAUGCAACAAACAUGAGUAAAAUGUUUGAUCGAGUUAUCAGUGUUGAAUAUGCUAUCAAGGAUGACGAUGAGAGGCGAAGUGGACAUAGCCCUGGCCCAACUCGUGACAGAUCACCCAGGAGAGGCUACGACCAACGUCGGUCUCCUAGUCCCUACAAGAGAGAGAGGGCAAGUCCCGACUAUGGACAUGGGCAUGGUCAUGGCCGCAGUCCAAGUCCAUAUCGUAGAGAGCGGGCAAGUCCUGAUUAUGGUCGUAAGGCCAGCCGCAGCCCCAGUCCAAAGGAAAGGGAAUCUAAAUAUGAUCGUAGGCAUAGUCCAAGUCCCAGGAAGGCUAGGUACUCCGAUUACAGCCCUAGACGAAGCCCAGUUACUCGAAGAGAUGGGCCCAAUGGUGACCAUGACCGUGGGCUCAGCCCUGGGGAGAUUGCAAGUCCAGAUUAUGGUCAUGGUGCAGGUCCAAGUCCUCGUAGGGAGCAAAAGGAGAGGGCUAGCCCCGAUGGUUAUGAUGGUGAUAAAAGCCCAAAUUCUAAGCCUGUGCACAUGGACAGUCCAGGAUAUAGUGAUACUGAAGCCCCCCUAUCUGAGCAGUAUGAAAAUUGAUCGCCCUCAGCUCGUGAAAGAUGUGAUCGGAAUACAUUCAUCUGGUCUGCCUGGUGUCUAGAUCCGUUAUCCUGUAGUCAACAGUAUACCCAGUACCAGCACUUCUGAGACGUAUCCUAGUCUUAUUUCCGGUAUUAUGAUGUUGGACACACUGUUUAAUGUAAAAGAUUUUUUUAACUGUCAUGACCCAGCUUGCAUUCAGUUUAUAUUUGACUCAUUAGCUUUUAUCAACUCUGUACUUCGUUGGCCAUGGCGUGAUGGGUUGUAUGACCUGGUGGCGUUAUGAAUUUAUUGUGAAUUGUCCAAUCAACUUUGUCACACA